AUGGCCACCGCUCACGUCUCCGCCGCCCGCUACGGCAAGGACAACGUCCGCGUGCUCAAGACCGACCGCGACGCCGCCACCGGCAUCCACACCGUCACCGAAAUGACCGUCAGCUGCCUCCUCGAGGGCGACAUCGACGUCUCCUACACAAAGGGCGACAACAGCGUCGUCGUCGCCACCGACUCCAUCAAGAACACCGUCUUCAUCACCGCCAAGCUGAACCCCGUCAACCCCCCGGAGCUCUUCGCCGCCAUCCUCGGCUCCCACUUCAUCGACACCUACAGCCACAUCCACGCCGCCAACGUCAAGGUCGUCACGCACCGCUGGACGCGCAUGGAGGUCCGCGGGAAACCGCAUCCUCACAGCUUCCUGCGCGACGGCCAGGAGACGCGCAACGUCGAGGCCCGCGUCACCCGCAAGGGCGGCAUCGUCAUCGACAGCGGCAUCGAGGGCCUGACCGUGCUCAAGAGCACCGGCUCGGCAUUCCACGGCUUCGUGCGGGACGAGUACACCACUCUGCCCGAGACCUGGGAUCGCAUCCUGUCCACCGAUGUUGAUGCCACCUGGAAGUGGAAGGCCUUUGCAGAUGUUGCCGCCGUCCGGGAGGCGCUGCCCAAGUUCAAUUCGGCGUGGGAGCAGGCCCGCGAGAUUACCCUGACGAGGUUCGCCGAGGAUGAGAGCGCCAGUGUGCAAAACACCAUGUACAAGAUGUGCGAGCAGAUCCUGGCGGCCGUACCGGAGACGGAGCUGGUCACCUACUCGCUGCCCAACAAGCACUUUUUCGAGCUCGACUUGAGCUGGCACAAGGGCAUCAAGAACACCGGCAAGGAUGCCGAGGUCUACGUCCCCCAGUCAAACCCCAACGGCCUCAUCAAAUGCGAGGUUGCCCGCGGCGCCGCUCCCGGCCGUGACUCGCACCUGUAA